AUGGGCCUUCGAGGAGAUCUCGUGCGUGGUCUGGCAGUCUUAACACUCGGUGCGGCAUUGAUAGUAGCUCAACCACCACACGGGAAAGAAGAUCCUGUGAAGUUUGGCCCCGUCCCAACGUUCCCGUCGCAGGACGAGCCAUACGAGCCGCGUGAAGUGUUGCGCUCUGUCGAGAAACCCCACGAGCUACUUGGGAUUCUGCUUGCUGCGUUGGUGGUGCUCAUCUCGUCUGGAUCAAAGAUCGGUGGUGGAGCUGUGCUCGAUGCCGUCUACAUUUUGGUGCUGAAGCUGGGACCGGAUGAGGCCAUCCCGCUGGCGAGCAUUACUGUUUUCGGGGGAGGUAAGAUUUUUUUGUCGUGGAUGCUGGAGAUGCAAAUUGAUGGAGAGCUUGUAAACGACGACGAUGGCAGCUUUCAGUACAAAAGUGGUCUUCCUUGGCGCAAGCUGGGGAUUAACUUCGGUAUCUUUAUUGUCACUGUGCUGCUCACAGCGCUCCAGGGUGGGAGAUACUUCCCCAGUCCGCUCGGAAUCCCUCCUACGUCCUUCUUCUUCUUGAUUGUCUCGAUGCUGCCGUUCAUUUUUCUCUCGGUCGUCUCGCAUUAUCAGAUGAAAGACGUUGUGGCGACAUACCAAAGGCAGCAGAAUCCACGAUUUAUCCUUGCCCCGAACGAAGUCCAGUGGUCCCCGGAAUCAAUCAGGAAGAUGCCUCUGCGCUUGCUUGGAAUCGGAGCGAUUGGAGGAGCGUUUGGUGUAGGCGGUGAAGGUGCGACGUCAGGCUUGCUGCGUGGACUUAAUGUCUCCCCUGCAGCUGUGUCCGCCAUGUCAGCCACGGCUGUGUUCUUUGUCAGCGGCAUGGCGUCCUUCGACUUUUUCCUGUGGGGGAAGCUGGACCUGAAUACGGCCAAGUUACUAAUGCCGCUCGGUUUUGUGAUGACACUGCUCGGUCGUUUGUGUCUGAUCAAAGUCGCCCGCAAGGCCAAAUCGCGUGCGUUGCUUCUCUUCGCUAUCGCCGGGGCGAUGCUUAUCAGCAUCUUUUCACUUGCCUUUUUGGAGCUGCGCGCUCUUUUCGGGUUUUAG